GGAGGGUGAUGGGGGAGAUAGAGAUGAGAGGAGAAAGCAAUGGGUAUGCGAGGGUGGGUUUGCUCGGAAACCCAAGCGAUGUGUAUUACGGCAAAACGAUAUCGUUUAGCGUCGCCAACUUCUGCUCCACCGUCACGCUUGGUCCCUCCGACGAGCCCCUCCACGAUCCUCGCGACCACAAUUUCACUCCCUCCUACGCCAUCAAUAUUCCUCGCCAGGUUAAUGUUUGGAGGUGAUGCCCUCGGGGAUUUGAACCUAAAAAUGGUAGAGGUUGCUAGAAAGGUUGGAGCUGCAUCAAAAUUUACUCAAAAAGAAGGAUUUGUGAUACUACCUAUUGAACCUUUUCCUUCUCGUCUAAAUGAAAUUGACUUGAAAACCUUGCAAAUAAAGUAAUCUAUUUGAGGGUUUGAAAAAUAGUUCUCAACAAAAUAAAAUUUUCAUUCACUUAAGACGAGUUAUAGAUUAUUCAAUCUGCCCACCAUUUUCAUAUGGUGAGCUAGCACACGGGUUUAAAGCUGGUGGGAGUUGGCAUACUCAAAGCGCAAUGACAGUUUUGUUUUGGUUAGACAGAAUAAACAGCCAAGAUUUUAAUUAUAGAAGGAAUUUAGUUUUUUAAUGUAAGUUUGUUCCUUUUUGUUGAGAGGGGAUCGAACUUUGAAGUUGCUUUUGUUGGCUUUUGAUGAGGGUGGAUCUGAGAGUUUGGUUUGUGGUAUAUUUUGGUUUCGUAUGUUUAUGGUUGGGAUUUGGAUCAUAUGGGCGGUGUUAUAUAGUUUAUAUCUAAGCUUUGGGGGUGCUUUUAGCAGCGUAUAUGAGACGUACAGGAUACCUUUGUAAUUUGCAUCGCUUGUCUGGCCAAUUUCAUACAUCUUGUGCGUAAGUUGGUUAGGUUUAAUAAGAGAAAAACUCAAAAUCUGCCAUUUGUUUUUUUGCAAAAAAAGAAAAUUAUGGAUUGACUUUGUUAAAUAAGAGCUGCACUUUUUUUUAAA